UUACACCGGAAUCGAACCAUGGCACCAUGGGAAUUGGACCGCCCUCGAACGGGUUCUGUCUGGUUUAUUCAUUCGUAAACUAUUGUCAGUCUAACGGGAACAACUACCAGUCAGACAUGGAGAAAGUUGUCAUUGUAACCGGCGCGAACAGUGGUAUCGGUCUUGCUUUAUGCGAAAGGCUUCUGAGCGAGCACAUCCAGCUCCGUUUGUGUCUGGCGUGCAGAAACAUGAACCGGGCCGAGGCUGCCCGCUCUGCCCUCUUGGCGUCUCACGCCAAGGCCCGAGUGGAUUUACUGCAGCUGGAUGUGGGUUCUGUGCAGUCGGUGCUCGCUGCUGCCGGAGAACUCAGAUCCAGGUACAAAAGAAUUGACUUUUUGUAUCUAAAUGCAGGAAUAAUGCCCAAUCCACAGGUGGAUGUAAAAGCUUUUUUCAAAGGUUUGUUCUCAAGUAAGGCCAUCAACAUGUUUGCCACAGCAGAGGGUCUCUUAACACAGCAGGACCGCCUCAACUGUGACGGUCUCCAGGAGGUUUUCGCCACAAACCUAUUUGGUCAUUUCCUCCUGGUCAGAGAGCUGGAGCCUCUAUUGUGCGAGGCGGGUCACACGUCACAUGUGGUGUGGACCUCUUCGAGUAACGCCCGUCGCACUGCCUUCAGCAUUGAGGACAUCCAGCACAAAAAUGGGACGGAGCCCUACAGCUCGUCCAAGUAUGCCUCUGACAUGCUCAGUGUGGCCCUGAACAGACACAAGAACAGCCAGGGGCUUUUCUCCUCCGUCAUAUGUCCUGGACUGGUGAUGACCAAUCUCACUUAUGGUAUCCUGCCCUCCUUCUUCUGGACUUUAAUCAUGCCAUUCAUGUGGCUGAUCAGGAUCUUCACCAAUACUUUUACUCUCACGCCAUAUAACGGAGCGGGGUCACUGCAUUGGCUGUUCCUUCAAGCGCCAGAGGCUCUGGACCCACGAGCAAAAUAUCACAGCUUAACAUCAGGACUUGGUGCAAACUACACGGAGCCACGGCAAAUGGACAUUGACGACAGUAUGUGCGAGGCGCUUUAUGAAAAACUACUUGAAUUGGAGAAAGACAUCAGGAGAAGACUCACUUGCUGACAAGCAAAACAGUUUACUCCUUACAUUUGGAUAAUAUUGUCCUAUAUUCAAAAUAAAAGACGUAAUAUUGUGAAAAU